GCGGCGGCACCGGGCGGCUCCGAGCGCUCCGAGCCGCGGGCUCCGCCGCAUCCCGCUGCCGGUGCUGCAGAGGGGCCGUGCCAGCAGAGAGGACACCGAGGGGUGGGAGCACCACCAUGGCCAACCUGACAGCCGUGAGCACCGGCAGGAACUCGUGCACCUACCACGAGGAGUUCAAGCAGGUGCUGCUGCCCCUGGUGUACUCGGUGGUGUUCGUGCUGGGGCUGCCCCUCAACGCCGUGGUCAUCGGGCAGAUCUGGCUGGCGCGGAAGGCGCUGAGCCGCAGCACCAUCUACAUGCUCAACCUGGCCGUGGCUGACCUGCUCUACGUCUGCUCCCUGCCCCUCCUCAUCUACAACUACACCCAGAAGGACUACUGGCCCUUCGGGGACUUCACCUGCAAGUUCGUGCGCUUCCAGUUCUACACCAACCUGCACGGCAGCAUCCUCUUCCUCACCUGCAUCAGCGUGCAGCGCUACCUGGGCAUCUGCCACCCGCUGGCCUCGUGGCACAAGAGGAAGGGCAAGAAGCUGACGUGGCUGGCGUGCGCAGCCGUGUGGUUCAUCGUCAUCGCCCAGUGCCUGCCCACCUUCGUCUUCGCCUCCACGGGCACGCAGCGGAACCGCACGGUGUGCUACGACCUGAGCCCGCCCGACCGCUCGGCCGCCUACUUCCCCUACGGCAUCACCCUCACCUUCACCGGCUUCCUGCUGCCCUUCGCCGCCAUCCUGGCCUGCUACUGCAGCAUGGCCCGCAUCCUGUGCCAGAGGGACGAGCUGAUCGGGCUGGCCGUGCACAAGAGGAAGGACAAAGCCGUGCGCAUGGUCAUCAUCGUGGUCAUCGUCUUCUCCAUCAGCUUCCUGCCGUUCCACCUCACCAAGACCAUCUACCUGAUCGUGCGCUCCUCGCCCGCCCUGCCCUGCCCGGCCCUGCAGGCCUUCGCCAUCGCCUACAAGUGCACGCGGCCCUUCGCCAGCAUGAACAGCGUCCUGGACCCCAUCCUCUUCUACUUCACCCAGCGCAAGUUCCGCGAGAGCACGCGCUACCUGCUGGACAAGGUGAGCUCCAAGUGGCGCCACGACCACUGCAUCUCCUACGGCUCCUAGGCGGGCACGGGGCAGGUCCGCCUCCGAGCUCCAGGAGCAGAGAUGCUUCGCUGGGACACACAGGAGAGGAGGAUGGCAUCCCAAGCUUUCAGCACCUUCAGCCAUCUCCAGCCUGCACCAUUAGCCCCAUCACAGUGUCCUGUCCCUGGCUCACUUGGAGCAGCUCAGCACCUUGGGGGUCAAGCCACCAAUGCAAUAAAAGUCCAUUGGGACUGUGGAGAGCAAGGUGGGACCAUGGAGGAACACAUCCCUGGCUCAGGAUGAGCUGCUGGGGGAAUGAUUUGUGCCCACACACAAUUAAAAUUCCCUGAUGGAGACAGCAUGCAAAGGCUGGGGUGGGUUUGGUUCAGCCCAUACCAUGGCGUUUCUCCAGCUCAAGAUCAGUGUCAUGGAUGGUUUUUGGGUAACACUGGGACAUCCCUAUCCCCCAGUGCCCAGAAUGAGGCACACCAGCAGGAGACACAGGCUCACUGGUACUGCUGGUGCUGCAAAAUGGUAGAGGAGCACCCCUGGACAGGCUGGGAACAAGGAAAGGGGACAUCAGGGCCGCUGGAACACCCAUGCUGGAUUUCCCACUGAAGCAAUGACCAUAGGCUGGGUUAGGCACAAGCCAGCAUCAUUGUCACCUGCCUGGGGACUUUCAUCUGAGUCCAGCUCCCUGCUUAGCCCAGCACUCCAAAUCUGGCCCAUCCUGGUGUCAGAGGUGCCCUGCUGUCACCUCCUAACCAGGAUCCACCACAAUCAAAUCCAGCACAUGGGGACACAAUACCUGGAGUUGGAAAAUGCAUGCCACAGGGAGCUACUUAGUGUCCUGGCCACAUCACCACACAUCCCACGGCUGGCUUGGACUCUCUACAGGGCUGGGGACUGAAUUUUGCUCCCACAGCCUCUGUUGGGAUGCUGCUCCCUCCUAGCAAGGAGGGAUUUGCGAGGUGGAUGCAGCACUCAUUGCUCUGUGAGUUUUCUCUAACAUACAGGAUGUAUAGAAUUAACUCCCUGCUCUUUCUUAGAUGGGUGUAUACACCCACUGUAUGUACAGACAUAGAAUAUAUCCGAGCAGAGGGAGGUUUGUGGCCCAGCACAGGCUCUGCAGUGCAGAAAUUCUCUGCCUGAACACAAUAUAUGUAUCUAUACAGUGUAUAUAUAUAAAAGUAUCUAUGUGGAUAA